AUGGUGCUCGUUCCACCACAACAGGCGAGAAUGCUCGCACUGUGCCUGACUUGGACGCUGUUUCUGUCUUGGCACAGCGUAGGAGGAGCCAAGCUUCCAGACAUCUACUGGAACUCUACGAAUUCAAUGUUCCGGAUCGACAACACGGAUCACAUUAUCGACGUCAAUCGAGGGAAUCAGAACUUCGAGUUCGACCAGUUGGAUUUGAUAUGUCCCCACUAUCGAGUCGGGACCCCCCCGUCAGAGAUGGAGACCUAUCUAAUAUAUUUAGUGUCCCGACAAGAGUAUGAAACUUGCACUCUUUCUCGGAAAGACAACCCGAAUCUCGUUGCGAAAUGCGACGGCAACGCGGGCAGAGCACUCAAGUACACAAUAACAUUCAGAUCUUUCACGCCGCAGCCAGGAGGCAAGGAAUUCAAACCCGGUGAAGACUACUACCUCAUAUCGACCUCUAGCGGUACCCCCGGGGGUCUUCAUCAGGACCACGGGGGCGCGUGUAGGCAGCACAACAUGAAAGUUACCUUCAAAGUCUGUUGCAGAGAUUUCGAAGAACGUGUGAGCAAGAGCCAGCCCGUUAAAGCUACCGCGUCAUCGGAGGCGCCCAUGGCAGCGUCGACGACGGUUUCGUACAAUCCCGUGUUCAGAACGCUACGGCCGAGCUUACGACCGAAACUGCCAGAAUCUCGAAUUUUCACUACCGAGGAGACGGACAAGUUUCCCGGGGGCUUCAAUAAAAUAUACCCCGUCGUGCGUCCCGAGGAUCAAGAGGAGGUUGCGUUCUCGGACUCAGCGUCGUGCCUCCACUGCGGCUACGGUCUGUGGCUGCUGAUCGCCGUAGGCAUCGCAACGCUCCCCAUGCCUCCCGCGCAUACGGUGAUCUUCAAUAAAACGCCGGGCCACACCUUCGAGGCGGCCAGCGUCGUGCGCAACACUUACACCCCACAGCCGAGCCACAACCCCAAGUUGAUGACCUCGUCGCAGAUCUACAUGCAACCAUCGAACAUUUGA